UGCAUGGCAAGAAGAGGUGCAAAGGAAGAAAAAAUGAAAAUAUAAGAAGAGAGAAACCCGUUACUGCAAUCGAGAGAUCUGCAGCAAAUUCGCUCGGCUCUCCAAAAUCCUGUAUUUUGUCCGGAAAUCCAAUUCUCCCGAGCGAUUCCUGAAAUCUCUCGCUCGCCAUUUCCAAGAUCCUGAAAGAUCCGUCCCUGCCAUUGAGGUGCUGCCCAUUUCUUCUGAUUUUCUCACUCGAUCCGGACGAUUAGGGCCGCUCGACUAGGGUUUCUGUCCUUCUGUUACGGGCAGAGGCGGAGAUCUGGGAUGCACGGAGAAAGAGACGGGAAACUGAAGGGGAUUUAGGGUUUCCGAAUGGCUUCUGCGCAGGUUCUCCCCAAUUCGGCAGCUUCGUCGUCUUCGCGCAAACAGGGUCAUCUCGAAGCUGGAAAGCGACGGCUGGAGGAAUUCCGCAAGAAGAAGGCUGAAGGGCGAACUAAAAAAGCUGCAUCCACUAGCCAAUUGCAGUCAGCUGAUGUUAGCCAAAAUGAGAAAUUGCCACAAGAAAGUGAAAAUUUGAAACUCGAGGAUUCAGAUGGAGCUACAUCUGAGAGAGAUGGUGUUGCUGCUGUCCAACCUUCUUACCCUGUCAUGAUCCAAGACAGUAAAGCAAAUAAUUCAUCCCUGAGCACCGAGCUAGAUUCUUUAAAUACGACAAACGCCAUAUCUCCAGCUUUGCCUAAUGACAACAGUGCAUUUUACAAGGAUCAAGUGGAGAGACCUGCAAGCUAUCAUGAGUCAAAAUGGCGUGAUGGUUUAGGAUUCUCAGGACAAGAGCAUGGUUAUUAUGAUCGCUCGAGGGAAGAGAAGAAUGAUGAACUUCGUAUUUCCUCAGGGAAAGAAAGAGAACUCACACAUGGGGUUGCAACAGAUCAUCCCAUUGCUCCUGAUACUGUUCAUAGAUACCCAAACUAUGAUGGAAACAUUCAUCAAUUUAGUUUCCAUUCAUUGCAUGAAGCUCAGUCAGAAGAAAAUGGGCAUUCGUCAAAGGAAUAUCCUGCUAAAGAUCCAGGCACAUCUAUUGCGUCAUCGACAAGCAACUUGCCGGAGAAGUUAGCUAGUGUUCCUAUGCCGACCAAGGUGGGGUAUGCUUGGACAUCAACUGCUUACAAUGCAGCUGCCUCAUAUGACGAUUCCAUGAGUUCGACGACCAACUUAAUAAAGUCUUAUCAGAGAUUUGAGCAAUAUAAGGAUGGUAAGAUGGAUUUCAACAAUGCUGGGGUAUUCGAAAUGGGAGGAAAUAAACUUGGUGGUGCCAUUGAUCGACCCCUUAAUGGAGACAGUGCUCCUUGGCGGACAUCAGAAUCUUUCUCAUCUGGUUCCAGUUUGAAUUUCAGUAGCUCCUCAAAUCAAACUCUGCUACGUUCACCCAUGUCUGAAACUAGCAAUUGGAGAUCUCGUCCAUCAUUCCUGGAUUCUCUUAAUCUUCCCAGAGGUUAUUCUGUGUCUCAACUGCCAUCUACUGAGUCAGAGAAAAGUGAACCAUUCUUCCGCUCAAGUUCAAAAGUCAUCAGUGCAGAGAUUAUUGCUUCGUCUGCGUCUCAGGAGCCAUCUACAGAGACUGACACCAUGGAAACUCCUGGGAAAACUCUAGAUUCUUCAAGUGCCGACAAGCUUUCCACUAAUUCUUUUGCUCCUGUAAGUUAUGAAAGAGGAAUGCCAAAGCAGGGUGUCAAGGAUGGUAGCAGUAUAGAGGGGCAUGAUUUUUCUUCAGUCCAAAACAAUGGAGAUUUUGCAGCUUUAGAACAGCAUAUUGAAGAUUUGACCCAAGAGAAGUUUGCACUGCAGCGUGCUCUUGAGGCAUCACGAGCUCUAGCAGAGUCCUUGGCUGUUGAAAAUUCAUCUCUAACUGAUAGCUUCAAUCAACAGGGAGCGGCUGUCAACCAGCUAAAAUCUGACAUGGAAAGGUUGCAGGAGGAAAUUAGAGAUCAGUUGAUGGCACUUGAGGCUUUGAAAAUGGAGUAUGCAAAUGCACAACUAGAAUGUAGUGCAGCUGAUGAACGGGCAAAAAUGUUAACUUCUGAGGUCAUUGGCUUAGAAGAAAAGGCACUCAGAUUGAGGUCAAAUGAGCUAAAGUUGGAGAGGGACUUGGAGAAAGCAAAUGCUGAAAUGACUUCAUACAAACGGAAAGUGUCUAGCCUUGAGAAAGAGCGUCAGGAUUUGCAGUCCACAAUUGAUGCCCUGAAAGAAGAGAAAAAGCUAUUGCAGUCUAAGCUACGGAAAGCAUCUACCAGUGGAAAAGUUAUUGAGGCUGGCAAGUCCCCAACUAUCACGAGAGAUGAAUCAACUUCUACAGAAGACUUAGAUGAUACUGUUUCAGACAGGGUGCUUGAUACUGUCAACAAUGAUGCUCAAACAAUUGGGUCUUCUGUUCCGUCAAGUAAUUUACCCAGUUUCCUCUUGCCACAAGAACACAGACAAUUUGGUCUCUCAGAUGCAUCUGAUGCAAUCCCACAUGACCAUCUUAGAAUGAUUAGCAACAUUAAUUCUUUGAUUUCUGAGUUAGCAUUGGAGAAGGAAGAGUUGAUGCGGGCCUUGUCAGUUGAGUCAUCUAAUAGUACCAAGCUGAAGGACUUGAACAAGGAGUUAUCCCAAAAACUGGAAGUUCAGACCCAGAGAUUAGAGCUUUUGACCGCUCAACGUAUGGCCCAUGACAAUGCCCUAACUAGACCAACAGAAUCCACCAGCAUGCCUGACAGUGCAGUGUAUGCAGAUGAAGGGGAUGAGGUGGUGGAGAGGGUCUUGGGUUGGAUUAUGAAACUCUUCCCUGGAGGACCAUCGAAGCGCCGCACUAGCAAGCUUCUGUAAUGGCAAGACAGCAGGGAAGGGCAAAACUGCUCAAUUUCUUUUGUGGUGAAUUAUGGGUCACCACCUGUACAUUAUGAGGCAUCGAAUCUAGUCCAUUCAUUGCUACAGAGGAAAAUCAAGCGUUUCUUACAUAUGCUAAUGUCCUUCAUCAUUCCUUUUCAACAAAUAAUGAAAGACAGCCCCUCGGGACUCUCCAUGACCAAAGCACCGGACUGAUACCAGGAUGUUGCUGGUCCGUGGAAUUUUUCUUUGCAUGUCUGUUGCAGCGACAGUGGAGAUUCGGUGGUACAAAAUCAACCAAUAGAAGAUUGUUAUUUCCAUUGCCUUUUGUUGUAUUUUUUUUUUCCCUUCCUUUUCACAUAUUUUAUUGCUCUCUUGUUUUUGGAGGUUGCGGCAUCGGUCAAGGCUUGAGAAUGGAAGUGUAAAAGACACUGAGGUCGUUCCAUUGAGUAUGCGUUGUUGUAAAAUGACAUUUGUGGAAACUCUAUAUAAAACUGAUUAUGAAUGAAUGUUGAUUCAA